AUGGCACCUUCAAUCAACGUGCAGAAUCUCAGCUACAAAUUUCAAGAUGGAUCCGACGGCCUGAAGGAUGUAGGGCUCAGUCUUCCUUCAGGAAGCAGGACAUUACUCAUUGGAGCAAACGGUGCCGGCAAAACAACCCUCCUGCGUCUCCUAUCCGGCAAAAAACUAGCUCCCACCAACACAAUCUCAAUCGGAGGCAAAGACCCUUUCAAAGACAAUAUGGAAGGCGUCACCUAUCUCGGCGUCGAAUGGGUGCUCAAUAGUAUCGUGCGUACGGAUAUCGAUGUCCCCACGCUUCUCGCCUCUGUAGGCGGAAAUGCUUUCCCAGAACGUCGCGAUGAGUUAAUCGAUAUUCUCGACAUCGAUCUCAACUGGCGCAUGCACGCCGUCUCAGAUGGCGAACGACGUCGCGUGCAAUUGGCCAUGGGUCUGUUGCGGCCGUGGCAGAUCUUGCUUCUCGAUGAGAUUACAGUUGAUCUUGAUUUGCUGUCUCGUAGUAACUUCCUUUCGUUCCUGAAACGGGAGACUGAGACGAGAGAGUGCACUAUCGUCUAUGCCACGCACAUUCUGGAUAAUUUAGCGUCGUGGCCCACGCAUCUCGUGCAUAUGCAUUUGGGCCAGGUGAAGCAAUGGGGUCCCAUGGAAAGUUUCAAUGAGACGAUCCCCAAUCGAUCAGCUGAGAACAGUCUAUUGGGAGAUUUGGUGAUGCAUUGGCUCAGGCAAGACCUACAGGUUCGUGGGCCUCGGAAUCCUCAUUCCGGACAGGGAAGGACUUACUCUAGUGCGGAGGGACUUGGGGGUUAUGGCUUGGAGAAAAGACCUCCGAAGGAAUAA